AUGUCAGAAGAGGCAACGACAGACGAGGUGCUACGGCGGCCAUCUCUCGUCUCCACGAGAGCCGCCCAUCUUUCUCCGAAACUCCAGAGAAGAGGAUCCUUGUCGGCGCGCAAAUUCGGUAAGAUAUUGACACGAACUGGGUCGCAACGUGUGCGAGCGUCACCAGAAGAUGAUGAUAUAGGGGCAGAGGGAAACGGAGACGGUGUUCGAUCAUCGUCAUAAGCUUAUCGUGUCUGACCUCUCGUAACCUCCUGCGCAAUGCAUUCCCGCGCAUAUCCCAAACGGAAACCUUUUUGAAUCAAACUAGACUUUUGACUAACAAGUGUGGGUCACGUGUGUGCUCGCGAUUUCAUUACAAAUAGGUACUGAUUUUGCUGAGGUGAGCUCUUGUAGUUCUAGACUCUUCAGAAUGUACCCUGUCUGACCAAGUAUCAAGCAUCAAAAGCAGAUUUACCCCAACCAUGAAUUAGCCACCAUCGGUUCGUUCGUUUCGUUAAAGUGUCGAUCAGCACACUGGUCGCCGGAGGUCGAGUCGAGUGGCCCGUAGCAGACGCAGCCGCCUGGCACCGCCGGUGUUGUUGCCGUCGGAAAGCCCGACCUCUGUCCGUCGGAGCGUUUCUUCCGCGUGUGGCCGGGCCCUCCUCCCCCACGUGUUGUCUGCGCACCUCAAAUGCCAGUCGAAUAACAAUAAUAGAUCAUUCGGAAUGGGCAACUGCCCGCCAGUUUGUCAGCAACGACCAUCUUCUUUCCAUUCAUUUGUUGGCUCACCUGCACAAUUUUCCUUUCUCUUCUUCCCUUUUUCGCCUCCAAGUAAUACGAGACAUGUAAAACAUCAAAAAACGAGGAGAAGAGUCUCUCCUCCACUCCUCUCCCGAUAACAUUCGCCCCCAAACCACUUCCGCCUUUACCACUUUCUGCAAAAUGGAGCUUGGCCGUAUGCUUCUCACUAGAUUUCCAGCUGUGUGCAAAUGUGCAUUACUUUAAUCGCCCCGAAAGUGCAGUCCUUACAAAGAGAAAGAAGGAGACAGAGCACAUUUAACGACGACAAAGAAGAAAAGACGAUCAAACACACGAAUGUUGUGUGUGCGCACUCUCUCCGAAGGUCAUUUCAAUAUGAAUAUGCAUUCAGAGGUUCUUCCCCUCCAAUUCCAUUACCUGCGAUGACCCAGGAAAUGUCUCAAAAAAGAAAGCAAGAAGGAAGGAAGGAAAAAGCAUUUGCUCGGCGAGCAAACAGUGAAAAAGAGAGCCAAAGGCCGGCACGGGAUGUCUCUUUUCGCAGUUAGCUUGCGCCCCAUUCGUAGGCUUGUCGGGCCCCCGCCAAUCGAAUCGCUUCCAUUCGAUACAGAGACCAAUCCAGUUUCAAUUCGUGCUGCUUCUUGCCCUCAUUUUCCUCCUGCUUGCAUGCUGCCGCCCGUCCCUCUCCGCAUCUCUGCCCCUCUCCAUCUCUCUUCCUGUCGUACAGUCGACGAUGACGGCCAUUCAAAAACUGGCCGAAGGCAUUUUUGGACGUCCUGUGAAUGAAUGAACACUUCUAGCCACGGACACUGCUUCUGUACACAUCAGAAGCCCAAUGUUGCCGCUGCUUUUGUACGUCUAUUUACGCACUCGGGCUAUUCUCGGACACUUCUUCCUUCCUUCCUCUUUUUCUCAUCGAAACCUUCUCCGAAUAGCCAUCGAUUCAUGAUCAGAUCUUUUCGUACUUCCGGCAUUUUGUUCUCUCCAUCUCUCACUCUCUCCCUCUCUCUCUCUCUCUCUCUCUCUCUUCCAGUCCUGCCCCUUCUCUCCACUUCCUCGAAUAAACUUUUACGACUUCUGGCUGUUGACACAACCAGCUUCUGCCACGUCAUGCUCCUUUUUGCCAUCUACCCUCGCAUUCCUUCUUCUUCUCCUUCUUUCUCUUAUCGCAUUAGCAAACCAUGGGUCAUCACGAUAUCACCCUUUCUUCACGUUUCCACGUUUUCUAUAAAUGAGAAAAGAUGAAGAAGAAGAAUAAGAUGAGGAAGCUUCUCGUGUUCAUCCCGUAAUUUCAUUGCUUCUUCUUCAUCUUUCUUCUUCUUCUUCUUCUCCUCCGUCGUCCUCUUCUUCAACUUCUUUGGUUAUUCAUUGCGCGAUAUCGAAUUGGGACAUGACGGGAGAGGAAAAGAAGGAAGCGCAGACGCAUCCAAAUAAUGACCCAAAUAUAUAGAGAGAGGCUGGACAGAGAGGACAGAAGCGACACGGUAUCCUCUCUCUCUCUCUCUCUUCUUGUCUCUUCACAAAGUUUUGGAACCUCUCCUCCUCCUCACAUUCUCGCGCCUCCCGCCCGUCCGUCUCAGAUCGUCCGCGCGUUUUCCCGAGACGAGGCCAUCCCGCGAUACAGGUACCUGGUUGCGUCGGGCAGACAGAUCGAGAGAAAGGGGGAGAGAGAGUGGAAUCGGAAGAGAGUGAGACCGCCCGGGUUGGUACCAAGUCGUUGUACUUCUGUGUCCGUUCACGCACAAAACAAACGUCGCCAUCGCCGCGGUCGCUGGCACGACUAUAUGGCGGGCGGCGGCUUCCGAAGAGAGUGCACUCGUGGGGCGGGCCCUUCUUCCCCCCGCCACCAGUUUUUCAGUGACUCCUCUCCAACCGGCUUGCAUCAUCAUCAUCAUUCAAGUCGCACUCCCAAACAAAUGUUGCUUUGUUGAUUGAUCUGAAUGAAUGUAGGUCAGAAGCGAUCGGUCCGUCGACGCGCGUGAGAAAGACAGAAUGGCCGGACCCACUGGUCACUCGGGAUUACACUCGGCUGCUCACCUGAUGCCCUCUCUCAAUCGAUUCCGAAUUCCUCUCCCAUACAUUCCUCAAAAGGUCGUUCUAUCCCUUUUUCGCCCCCUUUCUAGUCCUGGAAACAUCAAUCUUCAUUUGUGUGAAGUUGUGUUCAAUUCGAUUUCUUCGUUUGUUGUCCCUUCUUUCCUCCAACCAGUCGGAUCCGAGAAUUCAGUUCCCAUCGUUUCGUUUUCCAGAGUGUUCUCGAUGACACACAUCGCACCGUUUGCAUAGUUUGGUUUACGAUUACGAUUUUCGUCCUGAAUCAAUCGUUUCGAAGCGCGUGUUGCAUCACAGCUGUCUCUGCCUGCUCUCGUCUUGCAAUAAGCCAAAAGAAACCCAUUUGACGAACGGGGAAAGACCACUUUUGAAGUGGCCAAGCCGCUUUUCUUUCGUAUCCUUUAGCCUGCUGCUCCGUCGUUGACUUCAAUAUUCAUAACUCUAAGCGAAAUGAAAAGAAACUUCCCAUUUUUUUUUUUAGACACUCUUACUUCCCUAUGGAUAAUUCCUCCUCCCCGCGAACAUUUCUCUUCUGAUGAGUUCGCUCGAAAGUCUUCCCAGACCAAUGCGAUUUGACGUAGUCCUGAAAGCACACCCCGUGCCUCUUCCUCUCCUCGCCCUUUAUUCUUCCCCUUCAUUUGCCAAUUCACAAUUCGCAUCUUUUUCCGUAUUCUCCUUUCUGCUUUCUUGUUUUGUUCCUCCCAUAUGUUUUAACGAACAUAAGCGGAGCACAAAAACACGACGACGUUCGCGUUAUUCGGGAGAAUUCACACAAACAGAAAAAAAAAUCGAUUAUUUGAAGACGUCAGUCACAGACACAAACGCACACACGAGCGUAUUUGAAUUCGUAUUCGCAUUCCGAUCGAAUGUAUUCAUACACUAAUCUGCUAGACAGAUAGUGGAAUCGUGUGACGGGUUUGCAGUCCGUGAAGUGCACUCUCGCCCGCGUUUUCAAAUUUUCUCCUCUUUUGCUCACUUUUCAUUCCCUCCGUGCGCGCUCUUUCUCCUCUCUUCCAGCCUUAUACAGGUUUUCGCUCUUUUUUUCGCUCCGUUCCUUUCCUCCAAUUCGUCCUCAUCCAUCAGUAUCAUCGUCGUGGAAGACGUCGUUCCCAAACCGGCAUCGUCGAUUCAUUCACCAUUUCUGCCCCGUUUGCCGUCUCUCCCUCUUCUCGCCCACUCCGUUUCGGCCCUCUCCGCCGUUUCACAUUCUCUUUUGCUCCUCCGCUGACACACAAAUUUCUCAGGAGACUACGCGAACUCGUUUGUCUCUCGCCGCUCCUCCUCCUCCGCUUCUUCUCCUCUUUUUCUCCGUAUGACUCCCAUCUAUUCUGCUUCAUCUCUAUGACCCCAAUUAUAACGGAUUUCCGACAUUUUCGUUUAUGUAGUUCGCACUUUUAACCCAUCCGUUCAAUCUAAUUUCUUCUAUUUCAUUCAGCUUUCACUGUGGGAAUACGUUCUUAAUUCUCUUCCCAACAACUCUUUUCAUUUUCAGCGAUUCGCAAGCCAACGACUCCGACGAACCAGCGUGUUACGCGUCGUUCGACCAGAAUCGCCUCCUCGAUCUGCGCGGCUUCCGAAGGACCGACGCCAUCGCCGUCGUCUGCCGACCACGAGAUGUCGUCGUCCUCGUCGCCGUCCGCCUUCCUAUCUGCUCAGAUGGACGAAGGUCCGUCUUCCAUCCAACGCUCCCCGAGCUACUCGGAACACUCGCCCGGCUCGCCGAGCUAUUCGCUCGAUUCGUCCGAUGCCAGCCAGCAAAUUUACCCGCACAAUCACAAUCCGCCGGGCGCCACGGAUUCGGAGAGCGCCACACUCGGCUUGUUCACCACGCAAACCUCUUAUCCGUAAGUUUUACUUUUAUAUAAAUAGCAUCACAAGCCUUCAUUGACGUGUCAAUCCUACGAAGAGCCGCUUUACAGAUACUCGCUGCGUAAACGAAGGCCGUGCAUGUCCAAAGACGAAGAUUUGUGCUUUCCGAUCACCGCCGCCACAGCUGACGAAGUAAGUAUCUGUUUGAUCAACGAUCGAAAGCCAACCGUGUUUGCAGACACCUCAGCCAACACUGAAAAAGUUCAAGCUGGAGAGCCUCUCGCCAGGAGAAGCACGCGAAGAGUGAGCGGAGUUUUAACAGAAUAACAACUCUUAAUCACUUAUUACUUUUCAGUUUCUCCAUUGAAGAUGAGUCUAUCCAGUUGGAAGAAGCGAAAAUGGAACCGGACAACAUGGAAGAUCAGCGGGAUCACAUCAACAGACUACCGGAUGAGCUGCUCCUCAAGAUCUUCUCUUUCCUUCCCGACAAAGCUCUUCUCGCGUGCACAUCUGUUUCGUAUCGCUUCAAUCAAGUAUCAAACAGCCACGAAGUAUGGAAGGAACUGUACACGAGUCUCUACGACUACCGUAUCCCGCUGUUCCAUCCGACGCACGCAAAGUUCGAGUUUCGGGAACAGAGUCGCUGGAGGGACGCGAAUCCGUGGAAGGAGUCGCACAGACAGCUGCAUAAUGGAGUGCACGUCAUGAAAGAACCGAGAAACAACUUCCGCUCGCUCAAUUACCACUGUUUCGAUCAGAUCGAGAAGGCGCUCACCUUCUUGGAUGAGGAUAACGAGCGGGAGAAGCUUGUGUUCGUGCACACCGGACUCUACGAGCCUACCGACACCAUCCAGAUCAGCUCGAAUGUGCAGAUCAUAGGAGCAAGCGACUCGCGAGACAUUACUUCUUCGGUCAUCGUCGAAGGAACUCGCAACACGACGCUGACUUUCGUAGAAGGCACCGGCGUCGCCUACUUUGGAUUCAUCACCGUCCGGUUUCGGGCCGAUCCGAACAUGCGCCCACCGCCGAUCUCAGUUCAAGCUCAACAGCAGAUUCAUUACUAUGCGAUUCUGGUGACUGACGAUCACGUUCAGCCAUUCAUUGAGAGGUGCGACAUCAGUUCGAAGGUCGGCAACGGAGCAGCUGUUUGUGUUAAAAAGAUGGCCAACCCGAAAGUGAGUCGUUUUAUGAUUGUCUGGCAAACUUUAUAGUUUUUAGUUCAAAUAUUGCACAGUUUUGGACUGUGAAAACGUGGGAAUCUACAUCACUGACCACGCGACAGGACACUACGAGCACUGCGAGAUCGCACGUAACACUUUGGCAGGAAUCUGGGUGAAAAACUACGCGAAUCCGUACUUCCGGAAGUGCACCAUCCACUCGGGGAAGGACGUCGGCGUGUUCACUUUCGAGUGAGUGACCUGUCUCCCGGAUAAUGUGACACAAAUUUGACGCGCAAUCGUUUCAGGCACGGUCAAGGUUACUUUGAGAAGUGCAACAUCCACUCGAAUCGGAUAUCGGGUAUCGAAGUUAAGAAUUCGGCAAAUCCAGUGGUGAUCCGAUGCGAAGUGCACCACGGAUACACGGGCGGAAUCUAUGUGCACGAGCGAGGACGUGGCCAGUUCCUCGAAAACCGAAUCUAUGCGAACGCGUACGCCGGCAUCUGGAUCACCUCGCAUUCGGACCCGACCAUCCGGAAGAAUGAGAUCUUCACCGGCCAACAGGGCGGAGUCUACAUCUUUGGCGAAGGCCGAGGACUCAUCGAACAGAACAACAUCUACGGAAACGCUCUGGCCGGAAUUCAGAUCCGCUCGGCGUCCGAUCCGAUUGUACGGCUGAACAAGAUUCAUGACGGAUUGCACGGAGGAAUUUAUGUGCAUGAGAAGGGAAGAGGGUUGAUUGAGGAGAACGAGGUGUACGGGAACACGCUGGCCGGCAUCUGGGUCACUACCGGAUCUUCCCCCAUCCUCAGAAAGAACAGAAUCCAUUCUGGCAAACAGGUAAGUGUCUGAAAAUUUUGGAAAGAUUCUGAACUCGUUGUUUUUCCAGGUCGGAGUGUAUUUUUACGAUCAAGGACAUGGACUUCUCGAAGAGAACGACAUCUUCAAUCAUUUGUAUUCGGGUGUUCAAAUUCGCACUGGAUCCAACCCCAAAAUCACGAGAAACAAGAUUUGGGGCGGACAGAACGGAGGAGUCUUGGUGUACAACGGAGGAAAAGGAGUUUUAGAAGGUACCGCCCGUUUUCAAAGGUACAGAAGUAAUUUGAUCAUUUGUAGACAAUGAAAUCUUCGACAACGCAAUGGCAGGAGUCUGGAUCAAGACGGACAGUGAACCGACGCUCCGAAGAAACAAGAUCUACGACGGGCGCGACGGCGGAGUCUGCAUCUUCAACAGAGGACGCGGUCUUCUGGAGGACAAUGACAUCUUCCGUAACGCGCAGGCCGGCGUGCUCAUCUCCACCGAAUCGAACCCGACGCUCCGUCGCAACCGCGUCUACGAUGGCAAGUCCGCUGGCGUUGAGAUCACGAACGGUGCGACGGCUACAUUGGAGGAGAACCAGUUGUUCCGGAACAAAUAUGGAGGUGCGUACGCCGAAGAGACCGCUUAUCGAAUUAGGAAUUAGGAAUUAGAAAUCGGCAAUCGAUGAGAUCGAUGAUGUCACUGUGAUUCGCCGAUCUGUCUUGUUUUCUUGAUCUCAAACCGAUCUUCUUUCAGGCCUGUGCGUGGCAACCGGAGUCAAUCCGAUCCAGCGGAACAAUCGCAUCUACGACAACCAUGACACGAUCGCGCGCGCCAUCAAAUCCGGUCAAUGUCUCUUCAAAGUGAGCAGCAACAACAGUUUCCCAAUGCACAAUUUUUUUAGGUUAGAUUUGUGUCUUAGUCUCACCGCGCACCGCUAAACUCGCACAUUUCAGAUGCACGACGUGCAACACGACUGAACGCAAUGCGAUCUGCUACAAUUGCAUCAAGACUUGCCACCGAGGGCAUUCCGUAGAACUUGUUCGAUUUGAUAGGUACUUUCUUUCGUGUUGCAGCUCUGUUAAAUGCUCGAUUCUCUCCAGAUUCUUCUGCGAUUGCGGCGCCGGCACACUCGAACGGCACUGUCAUCUGCAGAGCGUGCCCCGUGAUAACGACACCGUCUAUGACUCAGCGACCCCGAUCUCAACCGAGACAGGCACCGAUAGCUAA